CUUUCCGCGCUCAAGCCGCUAACGCCGGGCACCUCCGGGAGGUAGCUGGGCAGGGCCAGCGGGCCACCGGCGAGGGCGAGGGCGGGGGAGCGGGCACUGCGGCCGCGGCGGAGGUGGGCGCGGGCCCGCGGACGGAGGCCAGGUCCCUGCGGCCCGGGCGGGCGGUAGACGCGAGGGGACGCGUCGCCGGCUCCUCCCCGUGCGGACUCGGGCGGCGCGCGGACGGGCGGUGGACCCACUGCUGUCGGUGCAGGAGACUCGUCGUGGUGGCGUGUCCAAGUGCAGUCAAAGUGUGGCUUGUAAGUCUGCUUCAGCAAACCUUCCGAUGCCUGGCCUUCCUCUACGGAUUAUACUCCAAUUCUUGUUUAGAAAAUGGGUCCUACCAGACGCCUUGUUACCAUCAAAAGGAGUGGGGUCGACGGGCCCCACUUUCCUUUGAGCCUCAGCAGCUGCUUGUUUGGAAGGGCUAUCGAGUGUGACAUUCGUAUUCAGCUUCCUGUAGUGUCAAAACAACACUGCAAAAUUGAAAUCAGGGAUCAGGAGGCAGUGCUGUUUAAUUUCAGUUCCACAAAUCCAACCCAAGUGAAUGGAUCUGCUAUUGAGAAACCUGUGCCGCUGAAGCAUGGAGACGUGAUAACCAUUGUCGAUCGGUCUUUCAGGUAUGAAAAUGAAAGUGAUCAGAAUGGAAGCGCGUCCGCUGAAUCUCCAGGACAGAGACGGGAACAGGAAUCUUCGCGUCGGGCUUCAAGAUCCAGCAUCUCAUCCAACCCCGGCGGGAAAGGUCAGGACGCCCGCGUCCGUCCCAAGGUCACUGAAGAGGACGUUUCAGGCAGGGCUCUGGCGCACGUGACGAAGGCCCCCGAAGCCCGGAACGUCUCAGAGGAUCCUGCGGCCAGGAGAACACCGCAUGGCGUUCAUCCCUCAGGACAGGCUGCAGAGGACUCCGGAAAGGCGCCAGAUCCCGCGGCUGGGGAUGCUAAGGAGGAUUCCACGGUCGCAUUAGGGAGCCGGAGCGGAGAACUGAAGGCUUUGUCCUCGAUGCAGGGUCUUAGGAAUGGUGAGCAGGGAGACUCUCCCUUUAGGAGGCUCUACGAGUCCCUGAAGGUGGAGUUAGAUGUGAGAGCGGCAUCAGUCGAUGGUCCGCAGAGUCGGAGGAAGUCAGCGUCCCAGGGACCCCGCACAACAGGAGGAGGAAGUGCUGCUGCCGGGGUGCAGACGCCCGGCUCCCUCACACCCCGACCAAAGUCGGGCCGCAGCCCCCAGACGAAGGCAGAGCCUGCUGGGGGCGAGCCGGGGCGAGGCCGGAGCCUGGAAAAGGGGAGCGAUGGGGAGCCAGCUCGGUCUCCCAGCCUCCCCCGCACGGGGACCCAGAGGACCAGGACCCCGACCCCCGGGCGGGCCGCACAGCCCAGUCCUCGGAGGCGUCGGAGCGAAGAGCUGCGUGUCCUUCAUGGAAGCGAAUCCCCGCGUCUAGGUCAAGGUCAGAGCGAAGGCUUCAGGGCAGACAGUAAGGCAUGGAUGCCUCGGAAGUUCUUACCCAGAAAUCAGACACCCGUCAAAGUUGAAGAGGCCGACAGUUUUGCAACUACACCGGAAAAAUUCUCCAAAAAGAGGAAGAGUAUUUCUACAAAUGCUGACGAUCUGGCUACGGCAGUGGAAAUGCAGGCUAUUUCAGCUCCACUGGUCCUUCAAGCUGAAAGGAAGAAUCAAAGUGAUGUCCUCAACAAGCCCGAGAAGCUGGGCACGGCCGCUGGGCAGAUGGGCCCUGGGUUACCUGGCCUUAGCUCAGCUGACAUCAGCGGCUUCAGUGACCCCAUGAAGAAGACGGAGGGGGCGCCCCCGAAGAGGAGGCGGGUCUCCUUCGGGGGGCGUCUGAGGCCCGAGUUAUUCGAUGAGAACUUACCUCCUAACACGCCUCUCAAGAGAGGGGAGACGCCAAAGCAGCGGAGGUCGCUGGCCACCCACACGCCAGCUGCGCUGAAGAAAAUCAUCAAGGAGCAGCCUCAGCCAUCCGGGAAGGAAGAUUCUUCGGAAACCCAUCGGGAAACGACCGCACAACAUGCUCGCGUGAGAUCGCCAGCUCCUCCGGCGCCCCACGCCUCUCCAGCCGCACCCGAUGGGUGCCGUGGGUCCGCCGAGGCGCCCUCCGUCUCCAGCGGCAGCACAGCUCCUCACCAGACAGAGCCGCCCCGGAGAGGAGGCAGGAAGAGCGGCAGCCUGCCUUUGAAGAGAGCCUCCCUGGAUCGGGGCCAGCACGGGAUCUUACAGAUGAUUUACUCCAGGCGAAGGAGUGGCGCUUCUGAGGCCAAUUUAAUUGUGGCCAAAUCCUGGGCAGACGUCGUGAAACUUGGGGCCAAGCAGACACAGAACAAAGCCGUCAAGCGCGGGCCUCCGAGACCGCUGAGCAAGAAGCCCAGGAGGACCACCCCGCCCACGAAGCCGACUGACAUCCUUCAGAACCAGUUCAGCACAGGCCACGCCAACUCUCCCUGCACCAUCGUGGUAGGGAGAGCUCACCUGGAGAAAGUGACCGGGCCGGCUCGGCCCUGCAGGAUCCUCAACAGCUUUGUGCCCCACAAACCAAUGGACUUCGGCGAAGAUCUGUCAGGGCUGACGGAAAUGUUUAAGACGCCAGCGAAAGAGAAGCCACACAGGAUGAGCACGUGUGCCUCCACUUUUUCAAAUCCAGAGGAUCUACUUGGGAAAAAGCUUCUGGGACCUCAUCCAGGAGAAAAACCUCUGCUGUGCACUCCAGAAAUUGGGGGAGGGGACGUGUCCCUCGGGCCGGAGGAUUCGCCAAAAGAGCCGGCAGAUAGAAGCUCCGAAAGCCCAGUCCUGAGACGCCCGCCUAUUAGAAUGAAUGAAAGUAUUGCCAAAACUCCUAGGAGUGUCUCUAAAACAAAAGGUGCCGAGAUGAAAUCUCCGGGGUCCGAGGCAGAGCUGCCAAAGGCAGCAUCCAGUGCAAACAGGCCUAGAAGGUCCUCGGAGCUCAGGGGUCCACAGACGCCGGGUCCUGAGAGACAGGCCGCAGGCUCAAGACCCCACACUGUCCAGGACGCCCUGGGAAGACGCCUGGGGAACACGCCGCUGGCCAAGCCCGAGCUGGAGGGAGAGAGGAGGGACAGUGAAAGGCCUUUUGAAUCGGGGAAGGAGAACGUCGAAUCCAAAGAAAGUUCUGCCAAGACGCCAGCUGGGAGGAGAUCCGGAGCCGCUUCCGAGGUCAAGUGUGAACCAAGUGUGGACCUGAUCCCCGUGGAGGCCCUGCCCGAGCCAGAGCCCCCGGGGGCGGCGCAGGUGGACCGGCCAGGACUCUGGCAGACGCCAGCCCGGGCCAAGGAAGCAGCGGAUGCCGAGAACAGAGCCGCAGGCACGCGCUGCAAACCGCCUGGAGCGGAAAGAGCUGGGACCACCUCCAGGAGGAGCGCACAGCUGAAGACCCCCUCCCGGAAAGGGGACCCCGAGGGUCCCUCGGUCCCCGGGAAGCCCACAGAGACACCGGGGGCCACCACGCCUGUGCGCAGAGCCCCUGGGGAUGGUAAAAGCAUCAAGCUGUUUAGGGAAACUCCAGAGCAGAAACGGAUCCCUGCAGAAGGAGGAACUGGAAGCAAGAGGCGGCCAAGGAUGCCCGAGGAGAAGACCCGACCCCUGGAAGACCUGGCUGGCCUCAGAGAGCUCUUCCAGACCCCACAGCAUGCCAAGGACCCCACGGCUGAAGCCAAAACCCCGGGAAUGCGCUGCCAGCCUCCACGAGCAGCACCCGUCUUCAGCUUAGACAGCAUAACCGGGCCACUCAAGACACCUCCCCAGAGAGCAGACACGGGGGACUGUCUCUCAGCCCUCAGGCAGCCCCGGCAAACGCCAGGAGGAGCGGGGCUCUCCUACAGGAACCCAGAGGGUGGGGACAGAGGCACUGCAGGGUCGCAGGAAGCUCCAGAACAGAGUCUGGACUCUGCAGAACGUGUGACUGGAAGCAAGAGGCGGCCAAGGACGCCCAAGGAGAAGACCCGACCCCUGGAAGACCUGGCUGGCCUCAGAGAGCUCUUCCAGACCCCACAGCACGCCAAGGACCCCGGGACUGACAACAAAACCCCCAAAACACACUGUCAGUCUCCACAACCAGAACCAGUGAACACACCAAGUAGGAAGGGACGGCUCAAGACCCCUUCCCAGAAAGGGGACACAGACGCGGAGCUCUCAGUGCCCAGGACACCCCGACAAACACCAGGAGGAGCAAAGCUCUUAGAGAGAGAACCAGAGAGUGGGGACAGAGGCGCUGCAGCAUCUCGGGAAGCUCCGGAACAGAAACUGGACGCUGCUGAACGUGGAACAGGAGUUCAGAGGCGGCCAAGGACGCCCAGGGAAAAGGCACAGUCUCUGGAAGACCUGGCUGGCUUCCAAGAGCUCUUCCAGACUCCACUUCACACCAAGGAACCCAUGGCCAUUGUCAAAACACCCCAAGUUUCCCACAUUUCUCCACAACCAGAGGCCACUGCCACACCAACCAAUAGGAAGAGACAGCUCAGGACGCCUCUGGGGAAGGUGGUCGUAGGGGCUGGGGGCUCGGCUCCCGGGAAAACCACACGAGCCCUGGGGGAGACCCCACACACGCACAGCGAGCCAGGAGGUGGUGGUGAGAGCAUCAGGUUAUUUCAGGAAACUCCAGAGCAGAAACUGGACGCUGCAGAAAAUGCAGGUGGAAGCAGGAGGCGGCCAAGGACGCCCAGGGAAAGGGCACAGUCUCUGGAAGACCUGGCUGGCUUCCAAGAGCUCUUCCAGACCCCACAUCACGCCAAGGACCCAGUGACCAGUGACAAAACCCCCACAACAGAACCAGUCAACACACCAGCAAGUGGGAAGAGAGGGCUCAGAACCCCUCCCCAGAAGGUGGGCACAGAUGCUGAGCUCUCAGCACCCAGGAAGCCCAGACAGACACCAGAGGAAGCCGGGCACUCAGACAGAGGACCAGCAGCUGAGGAGGAAGACAAAGCAUUUAAGGAAAGGCUAAAGCAGAAACUGGACUCAGCAGAAAAUGUAGCCGGAGAACAGAAGAGACCAAGGAGAACACUCAGGGAGAAAGUCCCACCCCUGGAAGACCUGGCUGGCUUUCAGGAGCUCUUCCAAACCCCACGUCGUGCCAAGGACCCCGUGGCUGAGGACGGGACCCCAGAAAUGCCCUGCCAUGCUUCACAAGCAGCAGCACCUGUUACAUCCACCAGCAAGACCCAAACAUCCAAGACACCUUCUCAGAAGGCAGACACGCGGGGCGGUCUCUCAGCGCUGAGGAAGCCUCGACAGACACCAGGAGGAACAGGGCUCUCGGACAGACGACCAGGUGGGGACGGAGGCGCUGCAGCAUCUCAGGAAGCUCCGGAACAGAAACUGGACGCUGCUGAACGUGGAACAGUUCAGAGGUGGCCAAGGACGCCCAGGGGAAAGGCACAGUCUCUAGAAGACCUGGCUGGCUUCCAAGAGCUCUUCCAGACUCCACUUCACACCAAGGAACCCAUGGCCAUUGUCAAAACACCCCAAGUUUCCCACAUUUCUCUACAACCAGAGGCCACUGUCACACCAACCAAUAGGAAGAGACAGCUCAGGACGCCUCUGGGGAAGGUGGUCGUAGAGGCUGGGGGCUCGGCUCCCGGGAAAACCACACGAGCCCUGGGGGAGACCCCACACACGCACAGCGAGCCAGGAGGUGGUGGUGAGAGCAUCAGGUUAUUUCAGGAAACUCCAGAGCAGAAACUGGAUGCUGCAGAAAAUGCAGGUGGAAGCAAGAGGCGGCCAAGGACGCCCAGGGAAAGGGCACAGUCUCUGGAAGACCUGGCUGGCUUCCAAGAGCUCUUCCAGACCCCACAUCACGCCAAGGACCCAGUGACCAGUGACAAAACCCCCAAAACUGAACCAGUCAACACACCAGCAAGUGGAAAGAGAGGGCUCAGAACCCCUCCCCAGAAGGUGGAGGUGCCGGAGGGUGUCUCAGGCCUCAGGCAGCUUCGGCAAACACCAGGAGACACUGUGAGCUCAAAGGGUGGGGACAGAGGCACUGCAGGGUCACAGGAAGCUCCAGAACAGAGUCUGGACUUCGUAGAACACAUAACAGGAAUUAAGAGGCGGCCAAGGACGCCCAAGGAGAAGACCCGACCCCUGGAAGACCUGGCUGGCCUCAGAGAGCUCUUCCAGACCCCACAGCACGCCAAGGACCCCGGGACUGACAACAAAACCCCCAAAACACACUGUCAGUCUCCACAACCAGAACCAGUGAACACACCAAGUAGGAAGGGACGGCUCAAGACCCCUUCCCAGAAGGGGGACACAGAUGCAGAGCUCUCAGUGCCCAGGACACCCCGACAAACACCAGGAGGGGCAAAGCUCUUAGAGAGAGAACCAGAGAGUGGGGACAGAGGCGCUGCAGCAUCUCGGGAAGCUCCGGAACAGAAACUGGACGCUGCUGAACGUAGAACAGGAGUACAGAGGCGGCCAAGGACGCCCAGGGAAAAGACACAGUCUCUGGAAGACCUGGCUGGCUUCCAAGAGCUCUUCCAGACCCCACUUCACACCAAGGAACCCAUGGCCAUUGUCAAAACACCCCAAGUUUCCCACAUUUCUCCACAACCAGAGGCCACUGUCACACCAACCAAUAGGAAGAGACAGCUCAGGACGCCUCUGGGGAAGGUGGUCGUAGGGGCUGGGGGCUCGGCUCCCGGGAAACCCACACGAGCCCUGGGGGAGACCCCACACACGCACAGCGAGCCAGGAGGUGGUGGUGAGAGCAUCAGAUUAUUUCAGGAAACUCCAGAGCAGAAACUGGAUGCUGCAGAAAAUGCAGGUGGAAGCAAGAGGUGGCCAAGGACGCCCAGGGAAAGGGCACAGUCUCUGGAAGACCUGGCUGGCUUCCAAGAGCUCUUCCAGACCCCACAUCACGCCAAGGACCCAGUGACCGGUGACAAAACCCCCACAACAGAACCAGUCAACACACCAGCAAGUGGAAAGAGAGGGCUCAGAACCCCUCCCCAGAAGGUGGGCACAGAUGCUGAGCUCUCAGCACCCAGGAAGCCCAGACAGACACCAGAGGAAGCCGGGCACUCAGACAGAGGACCAGCAGCUGAGGAGGAAGACAAAGCAUUUAAGAAAAGGCUAAAGCAGAAACUGGACUCAGCAGAAAAUGUAGCCGGAGAACAGAAGAGACCAAGGAGAACACUCAGGGAGAAAGUCCCACCCCUGGAAGACCUGGCUGGCUUCCAGGAGCUCUUCCAAACCCCACAUCGUGCCAAGGACCCCGUGGCUGAUGACAUACCCACCAAAAUGCCCUGUACAUCUCCACCAGCAGAACCAGUUACCAGGCGGACAACCAGACAGAGACGGCUCCGGUCACCACCAGGGGAAGUGGACGCUGAAGGGCCGUCAGCGCCCAGGAAGCCCACUCGGGCAGCGAGGGAAACCAGACCCACAGGGUCAGAACCAGCAGCUGAUGAGAAAGACAUCGCAGUGUUUAAGGAAACUUCGGGGCCGAACCUGGACUCAGCGGAUGAGGUUGUUGGUACCAAGAGUCGGCUGAGAUCACGUAAGGAAAAGGCCCAGCCACCGGGAGCCCCGGGAAGUGUAAAGGAGCCCUUCCCAAGGCCAGACCAGGCCAAGGAAGAGGUGGGUGAUGUUAAAAUCACUGCAGUGCCCUGCCCACCUCCACCCGCUGGACCGGCCAGCAGGCCCACCAGACAGAGACGGCUCCGGUCACCACCAGGGGAAGUGGACGCAGAAGGGCCGUCAGCGCCCAGGAGGCCCACCCGGGCAGCGAGGGAAACCAGACCCACAGGGUCAGAACCGGCAGCUGAUGAGAAAGACAUCGCAGUGUCUAAAAGAACCUCCGGGAAGGAAUUCAACCCUGCCGAAAGUGUAAGUGGCGUCAAGAGUCGGCUGAGAACAUCUAAAGAAAAGACCCAGCCCGUGGAAGAUGAGCCCAGUCUCAGAGAACCCUUCCCAAAGCCGGACCAGGCCACGGAAGAGGCGGGUGAGGUUAAAAUCGCUGCAGCGCCCUGCCCACCUCUACCCACGGGACCAGCCAGCAGGCCCACCAGACAGAGACGGCUCAGGUCACCACCAGGGGAAGUGAACGCAGAAGGGCCGUCAGCACCCAGGAAGCCCACCCGGGCAGCGAGGGAAACCAGACCCACAGGGUCAGAACCAGCAGCUGAUGAGAAAGACAUCGCAGUGUUUAAGGAAACUUUGGGGCCGAACCUGGACUCAGCGGAUGAGGUUGUUGGCACCAGGAGUCGGCUGAGAUCACGUAAGGGAAAGGCCCAGCCGCCGGGAGGCCCGGGCAGUGUAAAGGAGCCCUUCCCAAGGCCAGACCAGGCCAAGGAAGAGGUGAGUGAUGUUAAAAUCACUGCAGCGCCCUGCCCACCUCCACCUGCGGGACCGGCCAGCAGGCUCACCAGACAGAAACGGCUCAGGUCACCACCACGGGACGUGGAUUCAGAAGGGCCAUCAGCGCCCAGGAGGCCCACCCGGGCAGCGAGGGAAACCAGAACCACAGGGUCAGAACUGGCAGCUGAUGAGAAAGACAUCGCAGUGUCUAAAAGAACCUCCGGGAAGGAACUCAACCCUGCUGAAAGUGUAAGUGGCGUCAAGAGUCGGCUGAGAACAUCUAAAGAAAAGACCCAGCCCGUGGAAGACGAGCCCAGUCUCCCAAAGCCAGACCAGGCCACGGAAGAGGCGGGUGAGGUUAAAAUCGCUGCAGCGCCCUGCCCACCUCCACCCGCGGGACCGGCCAGCAGGCCCACCAGACAGAGACGGCUCCGGUCACCACCAGGGGAAGUGGACGCAGAAGGGCCGUCAGCGCCCAGGAAGCCCACCCGGGCAGCGAGGGAAACCAGACCCACAGGGUCAGAACCGGCAGCUGAUGAGAAAGACAUCGCAGUGUUUAAGGAAACUUCGGGGCCGAACCUGGACUCAGCAGAUGAGGUUGUCGGUACCAAGAGUCGGCUGAGAUCACAUAAGGAAAAGGCCCAGCCGCCAGGAGGCCUGGGCAGUGUAAAGGAGCCCUUCCCAAGGCCAGAGCAGGCCAAGGGACUGGGAAAUGAUGCUGCCCACGUUAAGACAGCCCUGAGGCCAACAGCAGGCAGAAGACGGCCUGCAGAAACAUCCCGAAGUGACCUCAGGGCCUCUAAAGUCAGAUCCACGGAAGACCCUGGGGGCACAUCACCGAGUGAAAGCCACGCAUCCCCCCAGAGGGAGCAGGGAGAGGCCGGCCGGGCCUCAGGGAGGAAGAGGCUGCGCCCCGAGACGGCCGUGCAGGAGCCCGGGGACGAGAAGCCACUGCAGAAGAGGCAGAGGGCGGCCCCCAGGGAGAGAGGGGACCUGCCCGACCCCCUGGGCAUGAAGCAGAAAAGCCUGAGAGUGGCGGUCCAGAGGACUGAGCCCGUGGGAAAGCUGCCCGAGGGUGACUUGAAAACGGACGCUGCUGGACCAGGAGAUGCCGCAGGCGCUCCAGACAAGGUGACGGGCGGGGGAAUGUCCCUGCAUCCUAGGCGCCCGAAUAAAACCGAUUUAGAAGAGCAGAGACCUGAGUGUCUUCCGUCUGCAGAAAAGAUGAGAAGAACGAGGCAUGAAAAGAAGUCUGUGAAGACCUCCGGAGAGAGGGCGCUGCGAGGCCGGGAGGAUGGAGCCGAAAAUCCCACCUCGGGGGGCAAAGUUCAAGAGCGUCAGGUGCGCUCGAGAUCCGGGGGGCAGAAUAAGACACUUUCGCCUGAUGCAGCCGAGCGGAAAGCGAGGGAGAAACGGGCAGAAAUCCGCCUGCAGGAUCAGGAAGAGAAAGAAGCCACGGAACAUUCGGGCCUUGCCACGGGCUUGAGAUCAAGAAAGACAACAGUCCGCCCUAGAGGGAACCCAUCGGAGCGUGACUCCGAGCCGAGGGUAACUCCAUGUGCCAAGAGAGGUGCCCACAGUCUUCAAAAGGAAGAUGACAACGUGUCCGUCAGGAAAAUAAGAACCAGGAGUCAGAAGUCGUCGGGGCGGUGAAGAUGAUGCAGCUGAAGUUUAAGGGGGGGGUGGGGGAGUAAUCAAUUCAGUGUAGUGAUAAACUCUAGUACCAUAUUUGCUGUAAAUUUUAAAGUGAAUUCUGUAAAUAAGGCUCUGGGGUCCUCAGGGAACAAAGCUUAGCAUUUUCUGGCUCUAAAGAGUUUUUCGAAAACCUCAUGUGCAGAUGACGAAGCGGACUGCCGGGUCUCACAAAGUGAUAAAACUUUAAACCUGGGGUGGGGUGGGGUGGGGUGGGGUGGGGAGGGUGGGGUUUUGCUACGGUGUGGCCUUCACCUUGGCAAAGUGAAGCCCCGAGGUUUGUGACUCCCUCGGUCGGUCCCCGGUGGCCGUGGGCUCUGGUGCUGCCACGCUGUGUCGUAAGUGCUUCUGUGUCUGCCUGCGGCCUCUACCUCUUCCGGGUACAUCCGCCAUCCGACCGUGAACAGGGGGCUCCUCGUGCGGCCCCAACACCAGGCAGGCACCCAGGAGGCAGUAAUGGAUGAGCAGAGGACAGGAAAAGGAAGUUACAGGAGGCGCCUUUACCACGGGGAGACGCGGUCAGGCCCUCGCACGGCCGCCUGCUCAGGACUCUCCUCUUCCCAGUGUCCGGAUCACGAGAGGGAAUAAAAUGUGAUCUGGAGGGUGGUUUGUGACUCUUCAGGGUGACGGUGUCACUUUAAAAAUUUUUUUUUUUUUUUUUUUAUGUUUUUGGCCGUGCCUGUGGCAUGUGGAAGCUCCCAGGCCAGGGAUCGAACCCACGCCACAGCAGUGACACCCAUAGAUCCUCUGACUGCUAGGCCACCAGGGAGCUCCCAAGAGGUUCCUUUACUUGAGGACUAACUAGGAAGCUUGCCUUUUUCACUUGAAGUAUCUUUGUCUAAACCAGGACUGCUUUAAUCUGAACCCCCUCCCUGCCCCCUGCCCCAAGUCUCAGGGCCGUUGGCCGGGGUACCCCUUGAUUCUAAACUGUGGCACCGCUCUGUGCGUUCGUGUCAUUCACAUUUUCUGAGCCGUCGACAGAUGUGCUCUCACCGGUGCCCUUCCUGACCACACCUGCUGGCCUGGCCUAGGGCUCGUCGCCUCAGCCGGGACAGCGAGCAACACCAGCCCAAACCCUCCCCCAGAGAACGGCCACCGCUGAGCCCCAGGGCGCGGGCCCUUCCCUCCAUUUCGGAAUUGUUUGCCCGCGAGCUCAUACCUCCUUCUGGUUUUAAGCCUGGAGCCCUUCCCCUUCAGAACCGUCCACCUGCUCCUGGGCAUCUCUAUUCCUGCCCCCGCUUUGUCCUCCUGUUCCUCUGGUCCCCGAAUCCGAAGUGAACCUGCCCUCCCUCCGGUCACUUGUGUGGGGUCCUCCCUCUCUGCGCCACUGCCUUGCCGGGCUGAGGGGAGGGUGGAGGCAGGAGAGGGUCGCUGUCCCCUGGAGUGUGAUCUGUCACAGCCGUGCCCCCCUCUGUCCACGCUUGUAUCCCCCGAGUCUGGUGUGGAGCCAGGUCCGCAAAAUAAUAAAUGUUUGUUGAAUGAAUGCAUGAA